AUGGAAGUGGUGGCCGCUCUCGGUGCCUGGGCCUUGGGCAAGUUCAACACCUCUUUGCCAUGGAUCAACGAUUCCAUUGCCCACCAUCCAGCUCGCAUAAGCGUGGAUCUGGGCCCGAAGCUUUCAAAUGGCGCACAAAUUUUCUUUCCCAGUACCCCAGGAUUCGAAGCGGCUACGGCCCGGAAUUCGCAGUAUAGCGUCCCCAAUGUCACGGUGGUCGUGCAAGUCGCGCAGGAAGAAGAUGUGGCUGAAACGGUCAGGUAUGCCAAUGCCAAUGACAUCCCCUUUUUGGCUGUGAACAGUGGCCACGGCGCCCUGGCUAGCUUGGGAGGUGUACAGCAUGGUAUCGAGAUCUGGCUGGACAAGCUGGACUCGAUUUCCAUCGCCGAUGAUGGUAGCACGGCUACCUUUGGAGGAGGCGUGAAAUCAGGAAUGGUCAUUGAUACGCUGUGGGAAGUCGGGAAGCAGACCGUAACGGGUAGCUGCGAAUGUGUUAGCCUCCUGGGACCGGGACUAGGUGGUGGCCAUGGCUUCUUACAGGGCAGAUAUGGCCUCGUUUCAGACCAGUUUGUCUCGAUGCGAGUGGUGACUGCCGAUGGCAUUAUUCGCACCGUCUCGUCCUCUGGUCCACAUGCGGAUCUGUGGUGGGCUAUGCAAGGUGCUGGCCACAAUUUCGGGAUCGUGACUUCUGUCACCUCUAAAAUUCACGAUGUGUCUUAUGAGGGACUGUGGUCGUAUGAAAGCUAUGUCUUCACCCAUGACAAGGUUGAGAAUCUCUAUGAUCGUAUCAAUCGAUACUCUAUCGACGGCGUCCAGCUGAUAGAUCUCAUCAACUACUCGUUCUUCUUUCGCAGUCCAGAUAUGGAUCCGGAGAAUCCCGUCAUCGCCCUCUUCCUUUUCCAGCAGGGCAAAUCUGCCGUUGAGUCCGUAUAUACAAAGCCAUUGAGAGAUCUCGAUCCUAUUGUGGUCAGCUCCGGAUCAGGAACAUACAAAGAGAUACCAUCAUGGGCAUCCACUUCCAGAGACUCCCCUGCUUGCCAAAAGGCCAAGAUUAGCAGUGUUUGCUUCCCGCUCAAUCUCCGGUCCUACGAUACCCAAGCGCAACGAGCAGCAUUCGAUGCUUUUGCCGCGGGAACAUCCGAUGGUUCAGAGUUUAACAAUUCCGUCUUACUAUUCGAAGGGUACUCCGCGCAAGGCGUGCAGUCCGUGCCCUCUGAGUCCACGGCCUACCCUCACAGAGAGCAUCCGUUGCUCGUCUCGCCGCUUAUUGUGUACUCUGAUCCGGCGCUUGAUGACAAGGCGCGGGAAUUUGGAGAGAGUUUGCGAGAGAUCUUUUUCCGAGCGACGGGUCAGAAGGAACUGCAUGCGUAUAUCAACUAUGCGUCAGGGCACGAGAAUCCGGGGGAUUGGUAUGGGCAUGAAUCGUGGAGAUUGGAGAGGCUGCGAGUGUUGAAGGCAAAGUACGAUCCUCAAGGGAAGUUCCGAUUUUACGGACCUAUUGCUUAG